UGGCCUGGUCCUAGGUCCUGGUGUGGUGAGGGGUGCCUGUGUGUCCAGAGGAGCCCAGUGCCCACUGAGGCAGCCAUGGGGCUGCUGACCGGGGAGACAUUGGGGCCCCUGGCCGUGGCCGUGGCUGUCUUCCUGCUCCUGGUGGACCUGUUGCACCGGCGACAACGCUGGGCCCCACGCUACCCACCAGGCCCCAUGCCCCUGCCUGGGCUGGGCAACCUGCUGCAGGUGGACUCCCUGGACAGGCGUUGCUCCUUUACUCAGCUUCGGCACCGCUUCGGGGAUGUGUUCAGCCUGCAGCUGGCCUGGACGCCAGUGGUCGUGCUCAAUGGGCUGGUGGCCAUUCGAGAGGCGCUGGUGUACCGCAGCGAGGACACCUCCGACCGCCCACCUGUGCCCAUGUUCCAGCACCUGGGCUUUGGACCGCAGGCGGAAGGAGUGAUCCUGGCCCGCUAUGGGCGCGCGUGGCGGGAUCAGCGACGCUUCUCCGUGUCCACCCUGCGCAACUUCGGCCUGGGCAAGAAGUCACUGGAGGAGUGGGUGACCGAGGAGGCCUCGUGCCUCUGCGCCGCCUUCGCAGACCAGGCCGGACGCCCCUUUAGCCCCAACGCCCUCCUGAAUAAAGCAGUGAGCAAUGUGAUCGCCUCCCUCACCUUCGGGCGCCGCUUCGAGUACAACGACCCGCGCUAUCUCAAGAUAUUGGACGUAAUGGAGGAAGUAGAGAAGGAAAACUCCGGCUUCUUGACCCAGGUGCUGAAUGCGAUCCCUGUGCUCCUGCACAUCCCGGGGGUGGUCGCCAAAGUUUUUCCGGGGCAUAGGGCCUUCAUGGCCCUGUUGGAUGAGCUGGUUGCUGAGCACAGGAUGACCCGGGACCCAGCCCAGCCUCCUCGAGACCUGACUGACGCCUUCCUGGAUGAGGUGGAGAAGGCCAAGGGGAACCCCGAGAGCAGCUUCAAUGAUGAGAACCUGCGCCUGGUGGUGUCUGACCUGUUCACCGCUGGGAUGGUGACCACCUCGACCACGCUGGCCUGGGCCCUCCUGCUCAUGAUCCUGCACCCGGAUGUGCAGCGAGGUCGGGGUCCAGCCCCCUGGGUUCUGACCACUGUGGGGACGCUUGUCUGUCCAGGCCGUGUCCAACAGGAGAUCGAUGAGGUGAUUGGCCAGGCGCGGCGACCAGAGAUGGGGGACCAGGCCCACAUGCCCUUCACCAUGGCCGUGGUCCAUGAGGUGCAGCGCUUUGGGGACAUCAUCCCAUUGGGUGCACCCCACAUGACAUCCCGCGACACUGAAGUGCAGGGCUUCCUGAUCCCCAAGGGGACGACACUCAUCACCAACUUGUCAUCAGUGCUGAAGGAUGAGACCGUCUGGAAAAACCCCUUCUGCUUCUACCCCGAGCACUUUCUGGACGCCCAGGGCCACUUUGUCAAGCAGGAGGCCUUCAUGCCCUUCUCAGCAGGCCGCCGCUCAUGCCUCGGGGAGCCCCUGGCCCGCAUGGAGCUCUUCCUCUUCUUCACCUGCCUCCUGCAGCGCUUCAGCUUCUCGGUGCCCGCUGGGCAGCCCCGCCCCAGCGACCAUGGUGUCUUUGGACCCAUAGUGAACCCAUCCCCCUACCAGCUCUGUGCUACGCCACGCUAGAGGGGGACACUAACUGCCCAACCUGCUCCUCAACGGGGGCCCUGAUGUCCAAUAAACCAGUCUGAUGGCUCCAACCUGGCUUGAGUCCCACCUGAUUCCCCUGAUCAGCUCCUGGCAGGGAUGAAGCAUUAGUUGCCUCCCCAGAGCCAGCUCCUACCCUUACCUGAUCCAGCCUCAUCUGACAUUUGACCCCAUUU